AUGGUGCAGCUGAAGCGGGACGUGGCCAAGGCCCUAGCCGUCGUCCGCCAGUCCACCACGACGGCGUGCGCCUUCUCCACGCUCAGGUUGCAGCACAAGGCCGGCAAGGACCUUGCCCGCCUCGCGGCCUCUGCUAGGGACAGCACCAACGCCAGCAGUCCCUGUCCCUCUCGCCUCGGCCUUGGCGGCGCGGCAGAACCACGGAAGUCAAGGUGGCCGGGCUGCUAG